CGACGUACGACCACGCCCACCGCUCCUCCCGUCAGCCAAUCGGCUUCUCGCUUAUUAACUUCGGCCGCCGAAACAUUCGCAGAGAGAGGCCGCAACGAUGGGGCUGGAGAGUACUAUGGUGUGCGUCGACAACAGCGAAUACAUGCGGAAUGGGGACUUUGUGCCGACCCGCCUGCAAGCACAGCAGGAUGCCGUGAACAUCGUGUGCCACUCUAAAACCCGCAGCAACCCGGAAAAUAAUGUUGGGCUUAUCACACUAGCCAACAACUGUGAGGUGCUGACAACAUUGACCUCGGACACGGGAAAAAUUAUAUCCAAACUUCAUUCUGUGCAGCCCAAGGGAGAUAUUAACUUCUGCACAGGGAUUCGUGUGGCUCACCUGGCAUUGAAACAUCGCCAGGGAAAAAACCACAAGAUGAGGAUUGUAGUUUUUAUUGGAAGUCCCAUCCUCAAUGAUGAAAAGGAGCUCCUGAAGCUAGCAAAGCGUCUAAAAAAGGAAAAAGUUAAUGUUGAUAUCAUUAACUUUGGCGAAGAGGGGAGCAACACUGAGAAGCUGACAGCAUUUGUGAACACACUGAAUGGGAAGGAAGGAACAGGCUCCCAUCUCGUGACUGUUCCACCAGGUUCUAGCCUGGCUGAUGCUCUGCUUAGCUCUCCCAUUUUGGCUGGAGAGGGUGGAGUUGGGUUUGGUCUUGGACCCAGCGACUUUGAAUUUGGGGUAGACCCAAAUGCCGACCCGGAACUGGCCCUGGCCCUGCGUGUAUCUAUGGAAGAACAGCGGCAGCGCCAAGAGGAAGAGGCACGCAGGGCAGCAGCUGCCUCUGCUGCUGAGGCCGGAGUGAAACCAGCUGCUGGUGAAGACUCUGACCAGGCUUUGCUGGAAGCAGGCCCUAGCAUGUCCAUGCAGCAGCCGGAAACGGUCAGCCCAGGAAUUCCAGAUUUUAGCAGCAUGUCCGAGGAAGAACAAAUUGCUUAUGCCAUGCAGAUGUCUCUUCAGGCAUCAGAAUUUGGUCGAGAAGGAGCAAGUGAAGCAGAGAGCUCUGCCAUGGAUACUUCUGAACCACCUGCGAAGGCGGAUGAAGAGGAUGAUUAUGAUGUGAUGCAAGACCCAGAGUUCCUGCAGAGUGUGCUGGAGAACUUGCCAGGAGUAGAUCCUUCCAAUGAGGCUAUUCGCAAUGCUAUGGGCUCGCUUGCUUCUCAGUCAGGCACUCAGGCCCAAGACACCAAGAAAGACAAGGACAAAAAAGACGAGAGCAAAAAAUAGAGCAGAUUGCAAAAUGCAUUUCCAAACCUUGCAAUGCCCUGAACGUGAAAGUUUAAAAUGUGCUAUGUGUAAAGCUUAUCUGUGCAAAAUAAAGAUCUUUAAUAUUGCACGUU